CGGACGGAGCGACUGCGGGACUAAGGGACUUGGCGGGUGGACGGGCCGAGCGGCGCCGCUGAGGCCGGGCUGGGCUGAGCCCGGGAGCGCCGGGGAUGUAGCGGGCCACCCUGCCCAUGCCACAGUCCCCGGUCGCGGGCGGAGCCGGAGCCGGAGCCUGGGCAGGCGGCGGGGGCCCCGAGCGCAGCCCGCGCCCCCCGCGCGGAGCCAGGCCCGCUGCCGUCCCCGCCGCCCGGGCCCCCGGCAUGCAGCUCCGGCUGCGGAGGUGACACUCUGGGAUCUGAAGCCGCCGCCGUCACCACCAUGGGUGAGUAUGAACAGGAGGCAUUGAACUCGAUCAUGAAGGACCUGGUGGCCCUCCAGAUGAGCCGACGUCCCCGGGUGUCUGGCUAUGAGACUGUGAAGAACAAGGACACAGGUCACCCCCAUCGGCAGAAAAAACACCACACCAGCAACUCAGCCCUUCUGAACAGCCCCACAAUAACAACAAGCUCAUGUGCAGGGGCCAGUGAAAAAAAGAAAUUUUUCAGUGACGUCAGAAUCAAGUUUGAGCACAAUGGGGAGAGGCGAAUUAUAGCGUUUAGCCGGCCUGUGAGAUACGAAGACGUGGAGCACAAGGUGGCAGCCGUUUUUGGUCAACCUCUUGAUCUACAUUACAUGAACAAUGAGCUUUCCAUCCUGCUGAAAAACCAAGAUGAUCUUGAUAAAGCAAUUGACAUUUUGGAUAGAAGCUCAAGCAUGAAGAGCCUUAGGAUACUGCUGCUGUCCCAGGACAAAAACCAUACAAUCUCUUCCCCCCACUCCGGAGCAUCCAGGCAGGUGCGGAUCAAGGCUUCCCAGUCCGCAGGGGACAUUAGUACCGUGUACCAGCCCCCCGAGUCCAGAAGCAGGCACCUCUCCGUCAGCUCCCAAAACCCUGGCCGAAGCUCGCCUCCACCUGGCUAUGUGCCUGAGCGACAGCAGCACAUUGCACGACAGGGAUCCUAUACGAGCAUCAACAGUGAGGGGGAGUUCAUCCCAGAGACCAGCGAGCAGUGCAUGCUGGAUCCCCUGAGCAGUGCUGAGAACUCCUUGUCAGGAAGCUGCCAGUCCUUGGACAGGUCAGCAGACAGCCCAUCCUUCCGGAAAUCACGAAUGUCUCGAGCCCAGAGCUUCCCAGACAAUAGACAGGAGUACUCUGAUAGGGAAACUCAGCUCUAUGACAAAGGGGUCAAAGGUGGAACCUACCCCAGGCGCUACCACGUGUCAGUGCACCACAAGGACUAUAACGAUGGCAGAAGAACAUUUCCCCGGAUACGACGUCAUCAAGGCAACCUUUUCACCCUGGUGCCCUCCAGCCGCUCCCUGAGCACAAAUGGAGAGAACAUGGGUGUGGCUGUGCAAUACUUGGACCCCCGUGGCCGCCUGCGGAGUGCGGACAGCGAGAACGCCCUCUCUGUGCAGGAGAGGGCUGUGCCAACCAAGUCUCCUAGUGCCCCAAUCAACUGGCGCCGAGGGAAGCUCCUAGGCCAGGGUGCCUUUGGCAGGGUCUAUUUGUGCUAUGAUGUGGACACAGGUCGUGAACUUGCUUCCAAGCAGGUCCAGUUUGACCCAGACAGUCCUGAAACAAGCAAGGAGGUGAGUGCUCUGGAGUGUGAGAUCCAGUUGCUGAAGAACUUGCAGCAUGAGCGCAUCGUGCAGUACUACGGCUGUCUGCGGGAUCGAGCGGAGAAGACCCUGACUAUCUUCAUGGAAUACAUGCCGGGGGGCUCAGUGAAAGACCAGUUGAAGGCCUAUGGAGCCCUGACAGAGAGCGUGACCCGGAAGUACACACGGCAGAUCUUGGAGGGCAUGUCUUACCUGCACAGCAACAUGAUCGUUCACCGAGACAUCAAGGGAGCCAACAUCCUUCGAGACUCUGCUGGGAAUGUGAAGUUGGGGGACUUUGGGGCCAGCAAACGCCUGCAGACCAUCUGCAUGUCAGGGACGGGCAUGCGCUCCGUCACUGGCACACCCUACUGGAUGAGCCCGGAGGUGAUUAGUGGCGAGGGCUACGGAAGGAAGGCAGACGUGUGGAGCUUGGGCUGUACUGUAGUGGAGAUGCUGACAGAGAAACCACCUUGGGCAGAGUAUGAAGCCAUGGCCGCCAUUUUCAAGAUUGCCACGCAGCCCACCAACCCGCAGCUGCCCUCCCACAUCUCGGAGCACGGCCGGGACUUUCUGAGGCGCAUCUUUGUGGAGGCUCGGCAGAGACCUUCCGCCGAGGAGCUGCUCACACACCACUUUGCACAGCUCGUGUACUGAGCUCAAGGCCGCACUGCCGCCAGCUGCUCCUGCCACGUGAGCAAGGGGCUACCGUAGGGCGCAGUGAAGUUGCUGCUUCUCCCAGGCAAGGCUGGGGACUGUGGAACUGCAGUCCAGCCAGCGUUUCACCUGUGCCCCUUCUGGCAUGGGGCUCAGAGCCAGGGUGGGCGGCUGUAGCCACAAGGACUGGGAGCCUCUGGCCUGCCAGACCCCGGGGCUCCAGAGUCCUAGCUCAGCAUGGAGUUGCAGAGGCUGAGCACGGUGGGAGAGGUGGCUACAGGCUCCGCCCUCAGGGUGCAGCCUGACACCGUGGUGGGCAGCACGCCCGAGGGUCUGAGGGCACUAGACUGACGUGAGGGGAUGAUGAGUGAUUUUCAUUCAGAGUGUUAUUUGGUUUCUCCUCCUGGUGUCUGCAGACCACUAGGGCAUCUCUGGGCUGGGGGAGUCCACUGCAGCCUGAGGAAAAGCCCAGCAUCCCCAACCAAUGGAGGGCAAAGAAGGACCACGCUGUCCUCCUCCUUGGAGCCCCUAGGUCAGCUUUGCUAGUCCUUGGCCUUUAACCAAAGAUGAAUGAAGCAAAUGUCUGCUGCCUUAUUCAGGGAAGGAGGUGCCUGUCCUGCUUGCCCCGCAAAGCAGGGGCCUGAGUUAAGGAACUGUCCCACUACCAUGGCGGGAAACCUGGUUUCAUCAAUGCAAUUGUCUCUGUUUUACAAGUUGGAGUCACUCCUAUGCUGUACUCAGUUCCUGAAGUGGAGACUGUGCCCUCUGGGCUCAGAACCUUACUGAAGGUUUGAGCCUUGGGCUGGAUUGGAAAGAGCUGACGGUAAUAGCCAUAGGGUUCCCAGCCUGGCAUCUGCCCCCAUUGGAGCAGAGAGGAGGGUGGACAACACAGUGAGGACAUCCAGCCCAGCUGGCUGUCCUCACCCAAGAGACGGAGUUGCCUUGGGCUGGGUCUGACCCUGUCAGGCCAGAGCCCUCUCCAUCUGGCAAAAGGAAAAGCCCAAGGGCUGCGACCAAGUGUGUCCAGAACCAGCAGCUUUGUUCUUCCUUAGCCAGCCGUGCCCAUCCCCCUGAGGUCCCAGCCUCUCCCCUUCUCACUCCUCCUCUGGAGGAGGAGUGGCAGCGGUGUUGGGGAACAGUGUCUCCAAGCAGCUUAGAGUUGGCCAUGUUUUACCUCAGCCUGGGCGCUGGUCCUUUCUUCCGGCCCCUCCCCUCCAAAAUGUGCCUAUUGCUAGAGCUCCUUCCUCUCGACACCCAAUUUCCUUGGGAGUUGUCAUUAAGGAAGAAGGGAAAAAAAAGCCAGUGCCAGGGGAUGGGCGUCUCCAGGGAGCUGGGGGUCAGCCCCAGGCAGCUCAUUGCCAGCCAUGCCCACUUCCCCAUGGCGCAGAGCAAGCCAAAGCCUUCGUUGUAUGUUGACGAUGCACUUUUAUGAAUGUAGUUUCUAUCGCUGUUUUUAGCCUUUUCACAUCAUGUAAUGUGAGGCCUUGUACUUGUUAAUUUAUAUCUCAGAUCAUAUUUGAUGGUUUUUAUAUAUAUCAAUUCUAGACUGUUACAGAUGAGGACGCCUCGAGAGAAGAGCAAAUGGAAGCAGCUGGUUUUGCAGAAAUGUGUGUUGCACGGUGCCCGUUGGGCCUGGGCCCGUUUCCUUCUGUUAGACCCCAUCCAUACCCCACUGCCCUGUGUAGACAGUGAGCCCGUGUUCCUGUCUGCACUGCGGCCCCUGCCCAGGGUGGGACUGGCCCCUCGUCUUGACCAAAGCUGCCGUGUGGUGGCUCGGCCUCCCCACAGCCCCCUCCCGCCUCUCCAGAGGAAACAGUGAUGCCGGCUGCCAAGACGACUCUGCGUGUCCCAGGUUCAGGCUCUCGCACAGCCCCGCCCCCGGGGCUUACCUCACAGGGAAGGUUUUUAAAUGAAUUGGAAAGCAAGCCAACAAACCUAGCACUCCAAAACAGAAAAACUCACCCAAACCCUGAAAUUUUGUGCCAAAAACUGUGGACAUGCUGGCUCAGCAUCCUCAGGACCAAGACAUUCCUUCAUUUUAAUUUAUUCUUUUUUUUUUUCCACUAAUUCAGAUUAAAAGUUGUGGGGCUCUAAGGUGGCCUGGGCCCUGAAGUCCAAGGAGCUGUUUCUUAGCAGCCCCACCCUUGCUGUGGGAAGGGGCUGCCUGCCAUGUUCUCAGCAUUCCGCGGGGGGGUGUCCACCUUGGCCAGCCCCGCUCCUCCCAGCUCUGUGUCUGUCUGAAUUGUGGGUCCUGCAGAAGAACCUGCAGCCAUAGUUAUCUGACUAUACCUUGACUGAGGGCUUGCAGUGCAAAGCCAGGCCAGUGUCGUGCAUUACUUACAAUAAAAGGGAUCGUUUCUACCA